CACGACAUCCUGCAAAUUUCACAUUCACACGCACCCCACGGAGUGAUCUCCUAUUUAUAUGCUGACCUGUGCUGGGGGCAUGCGAGGAGGGUGGCACCUCAGAGCUUGAGGCCGACAGAGCAGUCCGUACAGAGGCGUCCACUGUUGCCGAGACUCCGGCCAUGGCUGUCGACAUCGCCCUGUUGACGGCCAUGUCGAUGAUUUGUUGGAGAAUACGUGCCUGAGUGGCGAGUUGAGCUGAGGUGCUUCCCGGUGGCGUCGGCGGGGUGGUUGAGCCCUCAGGGAUCGGGGUUGGAGGCACAGGGUCCAUGGUAGUGAGUAUAGUAGAUCAGUGAAACAGCAAAGACAGCAGUCCAAAUUUUAUAUUGCUCAGCCAAUCUCACCACGAGGCAGUGCUUACUAGUCAUGCGCCGGAGUGAUAAGGCCCAGUCUCACCUUCAUUCUUGAGUUUUGAAAUGAAAGGAUCGUUUUCAUAUUCAGGAAAUAAUUUCUGUAACAUAAUUCCAACUUGCAACCAGUCAAGCUCUCUGUUUGUCCAACUCAUGUUCAUUUCGUUUUCGUAUGUGACGUUGACGUAAAUAUGAUUAAACAGGUGUACUCCUAACCCAAUUUUCUGGCUCCUAUCUAAGUCAAUGAGAACUAGACUUCUAUUGUCACCGCUUACACAAGUUGUCUCUUCGUAAAUCUAAAUGUGCUAUUCCUGACUCAUGCAAUUUGUUUACAAGUGCCACCAAUGAUUGUGCAUACACUACACAGUUCUGCCUGAUCAAAGAGAUAGCUGGUGGUGGACGACACCGUUGAAAAACAAACAACUCCACAUAGUUCAUAUUAUGUAUGGCUUGGGGAUAACAGAUAAAACGAUCAUAUCGCCUUUGGACUAGGAGUUGGUACAACCGAGAUGCUUCUGCGCCACACAUUGGUUUCUUAUAUACAGUUGUAGAAGCUACAAUGACUACAGAGUCUCCCGACUGAAGUUGUAAUGCGUCAUCUCCCAAGGUGGCAGUAAGAUACGCAUUGGUGACUGGAUAAUUAAAUACCUUCAUAGUAGGAUCCCACGUCGUACUUCCCCAAUGAUGUUCGUUUUGUUUAUAAAUAGUUGCGAGUCUUCUAUCGAUAUCGUUUAUUUCGACACAAGAAUGAGUCUCUUCAAACUUGAACUUUUCAUCUGACCAAUUCACUUCAACCUGCACCACACACUGCUUACUUGCCCAAGGAAAGUAAAAUCCAGUAAUGGUAUCCGUCGGUGGGAUCAUAGAUAGAGUAGAAGAGGGAUUGGAAACAGAAGUGAUUCACGUGAUGUUUUACAAUGAAGUCUACGUAGUGGCUCUGGGACCAUCCGUGUAUCUCCUCAUAACUCCCGCAAAAGCCCGGGAAACUUAUUGUGUCCAAAGCAUACAUCUCAGAGCUACCCCCAUUACUGAAGCACAUGCCCCCUGAUAGUAGGUAUCAAUUUGAAACAAAGAAAAUAUAAUCUCGAUUGUCGUGAAGUAGCCAGAGGUACACAGAGCGCUUUUCAUGCUUGUGUUCCUAUAGUACCUUUGAUAUAGCUAAGGCUUUGUAACUAAAUUGUGUCCUGUGUCCCAAAUGGCCUCAAGUAUCAGAGAAAGUUGAUGUUUAGCAGCAGAACUGCUCGUGGACUUCUUACAGAGAGCAAAACAAUUCUCAUGAAUUAUUCAUGUUUAGCCCUCGUGUUAAAAAGUAAGCCUCGAUUAAAACCGCGGAGAUACACGGAUGGUACUUCGAGGGUACUUCCGUUUCCAAUCCCUCUUCUACUCUAUCUAUGGUGGGAUCAGUGGGAUCUGUAGGCUACACCGGUUUCAGAGUGAAGCUAACAUUUGUGCAAGGUGAAUUGUCAGUUUUAGACAAGUGGUACUCCAUUUUGAUGCUGACUCCAAUUCGCAAAUAAAAAUGGUGGCGCCGUCUUUCACAAUGCUACAAUCGGGUCUUUUUACUUCACUCGUUGGUAUCGUACACACAUGUGGGAUGAAUAUCAAAUCUUUAUCAUUCUUGACUUCCUGUCCGAUAGCAGUUUGUAUGUACCUACACAGAGCUUUCUCGGCUUCUGUGUGAUUAACAUACGGGGUUGGGAUUCGUGUGAUAUCGUUUAAAUUGUAUGGUACUCGGACCUUAGGUACAUCCUUUUUAGCGUGAAAACAUCUUUCGAUAUAAUCUUCGACGACAACUGGUCUGCUAUUAGAUGUGCUGAGCACACUCGCCGAGCUCACGGAUGUAAUGGAGGAAAGCCAUACUUGUGUAAAGAUUGCCCCCAGGCGCUCGAAAAGACAUCCAACAAAAGAGAGCCAAAUAGUUGAAUCUGAGGAGGACUCGGAUGAAGAAACUGUGACCACCAUAUCUAGAUCUCUAUCAGGACGAAUUGUCUGAAAUUUUCAUAGUAUGAUUUUACACUAUGCAUGUGUCGUGAAAUUUUGUAUAUAGAUGCUUUGAAUUCUUUUGCUGUCUUUAUGUGUAAAAAUUAAUAGUGGGCGUGACCAAGUACGUAGUAUAAUAGUUGUAAAGAAGUAUUGGCCAAGAAUCUGUGUUAUUAUUAUUUUGCUAUACGUACACUUACUGGAGUUCUUCUCGGGUGUAAUAUAAUAUUUCUUUGAUGGCUAUCAGUGCUUGUGGAAACAAGAAAAGAAAAGAAGUUGUAAAUGGAGAGUCAGAUGGUUCUACUCUAAGGGAGCCUACUUGGUCUUGCUAUGGAACCUGCUGGUCAACUUGUCAUUUGCGACUACCCUGCUAUUGUUUUCUGGUCGAUUCGCUGGUUAUUUUUCAUCAAGUCCAUUGUAUGUGUCGAUACUGAUAGCCAUUGUACUUGUAUGUUCUCUUGUCAUUUCGGCUCCAUUAUCAGGUUGGCUGGCUGAUGCUAAACUCGGAAACUUGAAAGUUCACAAAAUCGGUAUUUUUCUAACGACUUUGGUGACAUGUGUGCUCAUGUUGACAACUGAGUUAAGCUUUCAAUUUUCAGUGUCAUUGCUAGCCUAUCUUUAUUAGGAUAUGGAGCUUUCUUAUCUACCUCUGUCCAGCUAGGUCUUGAUCAAAUGCCUGAAGCUUCUUCAGACUUAAUUGGCAUUAUUUUCUUGUUAUUGCCAGCUAUUGGAUAGGUAUAGUAUUGUACGAUAUUAAAAAUGAAUGUGUUGAUGAAAAGUACAACCUGACUUAUAACCAGAUGCUGAGCUUUUUCUCUGUGUUUUGUAUGAGUAUUGUUCUAAUUUCUGAUUUUUGUCUCUCCUUGAAGUGUCUGGUAGUUGAACCAAAAGCAACUCAGUCUCUGAAAACCAUCUAUCAAGUUCUCAAGUUUGCUGCCAAGCUCCCGUCAAUCGCAGUGCUCUCACAUAUUGGGAGGAAGACAUACCUUCUAGACUAGAUCUUGGCAAAUCAAGGUAUGGUGGACCAUUCACUACAGAGCAAGUUGAAGAUGUGAAAACAGUAUUUCGUGUCUUUUCUCUUGGUUUAACAACGUUGUUUGUAUAUUACUUCUUUACUGCUGCAAGUAUUAGUAGAAAGGCUAUCACAUUUUCCUCGCUAACCGAAUGUGAAAGUACCAUUGUUUUUCUGUUUAGUUACAGUGCUCCAGUAAGUUUCUUCAUUGGAAUGUUGGUGCAAGAAUUUUUGAUUUAUCCUUUAGCCCGAGGCACAUUACAUUAUCAGGAGUGUAUGAAGAGGAGUAUCCAACCGUAGCAGUUGUAGUGCAAACCAGGUUCCGGUAUGAGUAUGUCAUACCACGUUACUAUCAGACCUCAUCUUAAGUGGGUGCGUAGGUGUAGUGGUUAAUUAGUUAAAAAUGAUAUCAGCAUACACACGUGUGGUUUGUACCUCCAGUCCACAUUUAAUGGCUAACAGUUUACACAACUACAUGUGUUAGUGAGGGAUUCAGUCCGGGAUGUAGAAUGGAAUGUGCGUGGGAGUCGCAUACUCCUCUUCAUACACUCCUGGUUAUAUAUAUAUAGUGUCACUGUAUAGUAGUCAGUCAUUGUGUCUGUUAGUGUGUUUGUUUCUAUAAAAUAUGUAUUCUUGUUUUGCUCUACUUAAUAAUGCUACGUUUAUAGCAUACCGUUUCACAAUGACAAUGAGCAAUGCACCCUCAUUUAUGGCCCAUUUGUGAAACAGCCAACCUGAGCAUGCAAAACUCUUGGUGGGUGUGGUUUGCUGGCAUUAAACCGCGAAUAUUCUUCCACGCGUUGCCAAAUAGCGAAAAUUUCACCAGUAUUAGGAAAUAACUGCUCUGUGAAGUUAUAGGCAUUGCAGUGAACAAGAAAAUUAAGCAAGUCACAAAUCUGCCAAAAGCAAUGUUAGUACCUUAGGUAUCUCAUAGCGACCACUCCAACCAUAACUAUAGCAAAUGACGUGAUGGUCACAAACAUGCUGCCUAUAGAAACAUCAGUUUAGUAUUCCCUCAUCAGCCAUGUCCAUGCACCGAGGAGAGCAGCUCUCUAACACAGUCAAUGCGACCCACAGAAGCACCCAUGGCUUCCCCUGAUCAUCCCAAUGUGCUUCAAUAGCCAGGCUGAUUUUUUUCAGACGAGGGUUUUUUCUUAUAAGCGUCGAUAGCGUCCAGAGGUUCAGUUGUAACCUCAUUCCAGAAGGAGCUAGGAGGGUGUGAUGUAUAGGAUUUGCAUUCACCUAUCCUACAACAAUGAGAACAUAAUACACAUAAUUAUGCUUCUUGUCGAUCUCUAAUCGUUUAAUUGAUCUGAUUGGUCAGGUCGGAAUUCCGUCCCAGCCAAAAGAAGACUAAAGUGCUCAGACUCUCUCCUGUCGGGUGCGGCUAAUUUAUGAGACUAAGUUGGCUGAUUCAGUUGAAUCUUGCUGUGGUAUUUUAGGAGCAUUGCUUGAGUGCUUGAGUUAUUAGUGUAACUAUGGUGUCACAAUCAUGCUUGUCCUUAUUAGGCAUCCAUCAACAUACCUGUUGCUUGAGUGUUAGUGCUCUAUUAGCAGUGCUCUAUUAGCUAUGACCAAGUACGUAGUAUAAUAGUUGUAAAGAAGUAUUGGCCAAGAAUCUGUGUUAUUAUUAUUUUGCUAUACGUACACUUACUGGAGUUGCUUCUCGGGUGUAAUAUAAUAUUUCUUUGAUGGCUAUCAAUGCUCGUGGAAACAAGAAAAGAAGUUGUAAAUGGAGAGUCAGAUGGUUCUACUCUAAGGGAGCCUACUUGGUCUUGCUGUGGAACCUGCUGGUCAACUUGUCAUUUGCGACUACCCUGCUAUUGUUUUCUGGUCGAUUCGCUGGUUAUUUUUCAUCAAGUCCAUUGAUGUGUCGAUACUGAUAGCCAUUGUACUUGUAUGUUCUCUUGUCAUUUCGGCUCCAUUAUCAGGUUGGCUGGCUGAUGCUAAACUUGGAAACUUAAAAGUUCACAAAAUCGGUAUUUUUCUAAUCUUUUUGUCGACUUUGGUGACAUGUGUGCUCACGUUGACAACUGAGUUGUUUAACAGUAACAGUCUUAAGCUUUUAAUUUUCAGUGUCAUUGCUAUCCUAUCUUUGUUAGGAUAUGGAGCUUUCUUAUCUACCUCUGUCCAGCUAGGUCUUGAUCAAAUGCCUGAAGCUUCUUCAGAAAACAUUAGUAGCUUUCUUAAUUGGCAUUAUUUUCUUGUUGUUGCCAGCUAUUGGAUAGUUAUAGUAUUGUACGAUAUUAAAAAUGAAUGUGUUAAUGAAAAGUACAACCUGACUUAUAACCAGAUACUGAGCUUUUUCUCUGUGUUUUGUAUGAGUAUUGUUCUAAUUUCUGAUUUUUGUCUCUCCUCGAAGUGUCUGGUAGUUGAACCUAAAGCAACUCAGUCUCUGAAAACCAUCUAUCAAGUUAUCAAGUUUGCUGCCAAGCACAAGGCUCCCCUCAAUCGCAGUGCUCUCACAUAUUGGGAGGAAGACAUACCUUCUAGACUAGAUCUUGGUAAGUCAAGGUAUGGUGGACCGUUCACUACAGAGCAAGUUGAAGAUGUGAAAACAGUAUUUCGUGUCUUUUCUCUUGGUUUAACAACAUCGUUUGCGUAUUGCUUCUUUACUACUGUAAGUAUUAAGACUGCCACAUUUGUUUCGUUAACGGAAUGUGAAAGCACCGUCGUUUUUCUGUUUAGCUACUUUGGUCUAGUAACUUUCUUAAUUGGAAUUUUGUUGCAAGAAUUUUUGAUUUAUCCUUUAGCCCGAGGCAAAUUUCCUGGUACUUUGACAAGAUUUAAAGCUACAUACUUCCUUAUCGUAACCAUUUGUGUCUUGUGUCUUAUUUUAGCUGUUCUCAAGUACUUUGGACUUGUCCCUAGUUUAUCAAUUGAUGUUAUUUUCCCAGUGUCUAGUGGUUUGCUGUCUGUGGUUUAUAUACCUACAGAAUUGGAGUUUGCAUGUGCUCAGUCACCAUACAAUACGAGAGGGUUGCUUGUUGGUUUGGUCUACAUUAAAUUUGCUGGGUCUCUUUUCUUCAAUAUCGUGAUGAGUAGUGCAUGUACUAGUGAGGAGUACUGCAUCAUCAUAAAAUGGUCUGUAUUGACUGGGCUCAUUUUGUUUGGAUUUGUGUUGUUCGUUUUUGUGGUUCGCCGAUACAAGUUAAGAACGAGGGACGAUGGUUUUGUAGCUCAACAAAUUAUUGAAGAGAUAUACGAUCGAAACCUCACUGCUGCUGCUCAGCUAGAGCAACCACGCAAUUUUGCAACUAUGAAAUGAUAUUGAUUUUGUAUGUACACUCAUAUUUAUAUUUGACUUGUGUGGACACAAUAAUUAACCUGAGGCAGGCAUGUAGGCAGUGACAGGUUAUAUAUAUAUAGUGUCACUGUAUGGUAGUCAGUCAUUGUGUCUGUUAGUGUGUUUGUUUCUAUUAAAUUGAUGCAUGCAAUGCCGUUCUUAAAGCCUGCUUUUUCAUAAUAAUUGUUAUAGGAAUUCAUAAUUGUUAUAGGAACUGAAUUGCAAUUAUUAUUUCUUUUAAUUGAUGGUUAGUUGCCUGCCGCUAGAUUUCUUCUACUGAUUUUUUUCUACUUCAAUAGAAUCACACAUCGAGAGGGUUUAGUGCCAAAUUAAUAUUCCAGUUAUACGGUAUUCGGUUUAAGCUCAAUCUUUGGAUGCCUUGGGAUGAAACCUUAGUUAGAAAAUACACGCCUGUAUGUAAUUAAU